AUGGACAAAGCAGCUGAACUCACGUGGCAGUGGGAGGAUUCACCUGGCAAAACAGAACAGCAAGAGCAAAGCCCUGAUGAUGGAGACAAAGCAGAAGUGCCAGGACAGCCUGCACACAGCAAGGACAAGCCACCCCAGAGCCAUACCCUCCAGUGGGAGACUCUAGGCAGACAAUUUGUAGAGUAUGAGCAGGUGGCUCAAUUUCUUAUCCCAGAGGAGCAACAGAGAAGGCUGCUUGACUUUCUUCCCCCCUUCUUAAAGGCCUGGGAACAGUCUGCUGGAGCAAUUGUAUUCCCCAACAUUCAGCUGUUAGCCAGUGAGGUUUCCAAGCUUCUGACAAAAGAAAUUAAGAGGAAUCUCAAUGGCAAACCUGCAGAGGAAGCUCGUCUGGCUUUGGAGCAAUUGCUACAACAGAAAGGGGAAGCAGAAAAUGGCCGUUUGCUCCUGAAAUCAGUGUAUGUGCUCUCACAGACUGACUUGAGGACUAUGUGGAACAUCAUUGGAUCUGGCCUUCCAGCUGCUCUGAUGCAGUGCCUGUACCUUUUCUUUACUUUUCCUCUGAAGAAAACCAGUGAUGAUGGAGAGGCAAGUGAGGAUGACACCCAAACUCAGGAAAUGCUUGUUAAGAUAAUGCUUAACAUGUACAGAGAGGAACAAGGUGUAGAGGAACUUCUGGCAGCUGAUAAGCUUCAGUCAUUAAUCAUAGCAACUGCUUCCCUCUGGGACCAGUGUAGCCACUCGUGGAAAGUACCUACAGGCCGUGUGCUGAGAACAAUUUCAAAGGCUCAGACCAAAACCAGCAUUGUGUACCUGCAAGCUGUGGACUGCAUUAAAAUAGCUAUUCAGAAUCUCUUUAAACUGGCUGAUACCCUACCUGCUUGUGAUGUGUGUGAAGCUGCUAGUAUUGUCUUGUGCUUUGUGAAAGAUUCCUAUCCCAUAUCAUCAGCUUUAUUAACAGAGUUUGAAGAUAAUGAUGGCUACCAACUCCUGCUAAAAAUUUUACUCAGAUGUGAGGGCUUGCAGCAAAAUGAAGGAGACCCCUAUCUGGAUGAGAUCUUGGACAUGCUGACUUGUCUUACAACCUGUGGAAAAACUGAACUGAAAGUUUCUGGCAAUAUUGUACACCCACAAUUACCACACUUCGAUUUCGAACGGACACGGUCUUCUGGAAUGACAGUGAAAAACCUCCAGGCUUUUCAGGUGUUGCAGUCCAUUUUCCAGAAAAGUAAUGAUCAGUACCUGUGCGGAAGAGUCUUGGCAGCAAUUGGUACCAUAUGGGCCUGGGACACAGUAAACUUCUUUCUUCUGGAAUGGACACUACAACCUAUCAACCAGUUUACUGACAUAAUCCAUUUCAAACCACACCCAGUCCAAGUCCAGUUCUUCAGACUGGUGGAGUCCAUAGUGCUAGACCUCUCCUAUGUCCCUCAUGAAAUUUUGAAGAAGGUUCAGUAUUUGAUAAAGGAAAACAUAGCACCAUUCUGCACAUUAACAGCUCUUCGGUGCCUUCUCAACAUGACCAGGAAGGACCUGUUAUUCAGUGACAUAUUCCGUGACUCUGGGCUCUUAGGCCUACUGCUGGCACUUUUGAGGAAGCAAGCCAAGAUCCUAAGGAAGUCAGCUGGAACCCAUCUGCCUGGUCUGGAAGAAGGCACUGAGAAGGAAUUAAAUGCUGUAAUGCUGAAGAUGGUGGCUGCCCUUACAGUGAGGUCUGUGAGGAACACUGUUGUUCUGAAGGACUAUGGAAUGGUGCCAUAUAUCAAGAUAUUUUUGGAUGAUGAGUGCUACAGGAGUGCUACUCUCAGCAUCUUGGAGCAGCUAUCAGUCAUCAAUUAUGAAGAAUAUAUGAGCAUUAUCAUUGGGGCCCUCUGUUCUUCUACUCAAGGGGAACUACAUCUGAAACUUGAUCUGCUGAAGUCACUCCUAAGGAUACUGGAGAGUCGCAAGAGCCAUUCAGCUUUCAGAACCUGCAGUGGAUUCAAUGGACUCUUGUCCCUUCUCUCAGAUAUGGAAGGUGCAUUGCAGGACCCUCCAUCUGGGCUGUGGACAGCAGUUGGGCAGAAUUGCAUAUUGGAGCUUGUUUUCUACACACUUCAGGGGAUAUCAGCAGCCCUGCACCUGGACCCUGCCAACAGCUACUUCUUCCAGAGGAAUGGUCUCUUUGAAAAGAUGGCAGAGGAUCUCGGGUCACUUGGAUGCUUCUGGACACAAGGGGAAUGGCAAAUCCCUGUGACCCUUGAGAAGACAAGGACCUUUGCAGAAUUCUUGGAUGCAGCUUUCUGUUCUUCAGAACCUUUCCCAAUGUGGCUAAAGAACUGCAUAUGGAUUCUGAAUUUUCUUGAUCACAUGGUCAAAGGAACCCUCCAUCUGAAGAGCUACUUCAAGGAGAGAAAGCCAGAGAUGGGAGAGGGAGAGGCAUCAAGAGAUGAUCAGGAGGGACCCCAAGCUCAAGAAGAGCAUCCUGCUGUUUUCAAAAGACCAGGCAACAAAUUACGUGCCUCUGCCUACAGGCAAUGGGGAAACCCUGAAGAGAAGUGGGAAAUGGGUGACUGCGCCAUUGUAAAUCCAGGUGCUGUCUGUGUUAUGGUGAGGUUGCUGCCAAAGCUGUACAAAAAGGGACACUCUCAGCUUUCACAGGAAAUCCAAUGUGCUGUGGUCGAUCAUAUUCAGUUCCUGGUGAAGUCAGAGAAGAGUCGCCAGGUGAUGUGCGGAUCUGGUUUGCUGAGUACUGUCAUAACUUCCUGUCAGGAUGCCUUCUGCAAUAAGAGCCAUCCACUGCAUCUGCCCCUCACUAGAGUGUUUGAGAAGCUUGCAUCACAGGCUAUUGAGCCAGAUGUGUUAAGGCGAUUUCUUUGGUUGGGAGGUGCUCCACCACUACCUUCCAGGCCCAGCACAAACAAGACUGAGGUCCUUUCAUGUCAGGGGAGUGAUUCAGCUUGGAAUGAAGGUUCAGAAGAGGACAUGGUGGACAAUAAAACUGAUCCUCAGACAGUUGUGCCUGUCAGCAGCUCUCCUUGGGUGUCUAAGGGAUCUGCAUUGGCACUCCAGACUGCAAUGAGUCUCAUUUCCAUGACGUCACCUCGAAACUUCCAGCUCCGCAGCAAUGCUUUGGCUCCAUCGUUUGUGGAGUUUGACAUGUCCAUGGAAGGAUACGGGUGUUUAUACCUCCCUACCUUGGCCACUCUCAUGGGACCCAGCGCAGAGCAGUCUGUCUCAGGAGGAAUUGGCAUGGGCACCAGAAUGUUCCCUCCCUCAGGUGGCCUGACACUCUCCUGCUGGUUUCUGGUUAGCAAGUUUGGUUUGGUGCACAACAGUCACCCACUCCGUUUCCUCACGGUCGUGAGGCACAUGUCAAGAACAGAGCAAGAAUUUGUUUGCUUUUCAGUAAACUUCUUCCCACAGGACCUUUCUUUGGUAAUUUCCACGGAAGAAGUGGAAUUCCAGCCGCUUGAUAUCAUGGAACCUGAGGGUGAGAUCAUAAAUCCCUCCCCAUUUCCAGGGCAAGUCCAGUUUGGCUGUGGCAAGCUGCUGGUCACUGGCCAGUGGCAUCAUCUCACAGUGACAGUUGCUAAGGAAGCAAAGAAGAACUGCAUUGUGUCAGCUUAUAUAAAUGGUCAGAUGCUUGGCUCUGCAAAGAUGCAGUAUCUCCAGCCCUUACCAGGUAGCUGUAUUUCCAUGGAACCCUCUUCCUUUAUUGAUGUCUAUGGGUACAUAGCUACUCCUCGAAUUUGGAAACAGAAGUCCUCCUUGACCUGGCGCCUUGGUCCUACAUACUUGUUUGAAGAAGCCAUCUCUGUGGAAACCAUGGAGGUGAUUAAUAAGCUUGGCCCACAGUAUUGUAGCAAUUUCCAAGCAGUACAGCUUCAAGGUGAGGAGCAGUACAGCGAUCAUAAUCGUACACCUCUGGUGGCAGAAGAGAAGAUUUCUUUUGGAAUCAAUGCCAUGUGUUCAUCUCUCACUACAGUCCAAGAUAUAAAGAGCUCCUACAAUGAAGUGGAUGGCCGACUGAUUGCCAAAGAGAUUGGGAUUAGCUCUCGGGACAGUUCAACUCCAAUAUUCCUAGCUAAGAAUAUUGCUGGACACCUCUCAGGUUCCUUGCGGACUAUUGGGUCAGUUGCUGUGGGCCAAUACGGGGUAAGAGUGUUCCAGUCUUCUCCGGCAGCUACUAGCCUGAACUUUAUUGGAGGUCCUGCCAUUCUGCUGGGUCUCAUUGCUAUGGCCCGUGAUGACCACACCAUGUAUGCAGCUGUCAAAGUCCUGAACUCCAUCCUGAACAGUAGCCCAAUGAGUGAAAAAUUGAUGAGGCACAUGCAUGGAUACCAGUUGCUGACCUAUCUAUUGAAGAGGAAGACACAGCUGUUAAACAACAGGAUUUUACAGUUAAUGUUUUCCCUAGUGGGCACAGCUGAGCUUGGCUUUGAGUCUUCAGUCAUAAAAAAUUACAGUGCAUUCGAGUAUGUUCUCUGCAACUUUGAGCUUUGGAUGAAAGCACCAGAAAAUCUUGACCUUGCUCUUUUUUCACAUCUUGUGGAGAUCUUGCAGUCCUCCAGAGAUGGAUGUCAGAAUGCUGCAGUUGCCUACCAGGUGCAAAUGGUGCCCAAGCUCAUUUUCCUCUUCAAUGACCCUGAAAUCAGUAACUCCAGGAUCACUGUGGCCUGCACUAUUCUCUCCCAUCUGUUGCAAGGGUACUUUAACACAAGAGAUGUUCUCAGGAUUGGAUUGUUCCUUGUUUACACUUUGAAACCUUCUUCUGUGGAUGAAAAUCAGAUUUGCCUGGAUGGUGUGGCUGAGAUGCCCAGUGAAGCCUUAAGCCAAACAUCUGGAAAGACAAUCUGGCUUCGAAACCAGUUACUGAAGACGCUGUUAGAUGUAAUGCUCUCAGACAAACUUCAUUUGUCCUCUGAGGAGCAGGAAGAGACAUUUUUGGUGCUGGGAUCAGACUGGUUUCUGCUGUUCACACAGAGCUAUGUGCACUCUAGCACAGUUGUGCUAGGAAUCAAGCUACUUCUGUGCUUCCUCCAGAACCGUUUGCUGCUGAACAAAUUCAAGGAGGGGAUAGUGGCUGGGCGCUGGCUGGAAAACAGCUCUGUGGGGUUGAGUAUUCUAAUGGAUAAUUUAAAAACUGAUCCUCCAGUGCCUGACAAUGGCUCCUUCUUGAUUUUUGGGUUUUCUGUGUUGCAAAGAUGUCUGACUGAUCAUGUCCACAUCCCUGAGAUCUACUUGCUUGUGGCAGGGCUCUUUCUGGCAACUCCACAGUCUGAACCACCUGAAGCAGCCAAGAAAGAUCUUGAGUCUAUGUUGCAGUGGAUCUUGCAGCACCACCUUAAGGAGAAUGUCCUCAAAAUUGGGUUGUGUGCAGAGGCAGCUGCUUUACUGCUGGAAAUGGUUAGAGUCACUGUGGACAAGCCUAUUGCAGAUGCAGAAGCCUCCUGGGAGAUUGCCUAUCCAGGGAACGUUAUCCAGUUUCUGUGCUUGGUCUAUCACAGUUAUACUCAAGACCCUGUGUGGCACUGUCCUGACUUCUUGAAAACUUUGGCUAUGGUUGCUUUCCAUUCUGGACCACCCAAGGUAUGUCCAUCUGGGCCAGGACAAGCCCUUCAGAUCAGAGAUGCCAUUGCUGAAGGGAAAGGCUGUGUUGAUGCCUCCUCUCUCCUGCUCCUACCACACCCUGCCAAGAAACAAGUGUGGGAUUUUGUGCGAGUCCUCCUGAUGGACAGUCUUCUCAGCAUCCCAGCAAACAAACAAGGGCAUCCACUUGAGCUGAUUCUUGAGGCUUCUCCAGAGGAUGCCACCAGUGAGCAGAAGAGACAUUUUCAGACAAAAGUUUUGCUGUCUGCUAUGGACAUCUUCAGUGUUACUAGCCAAGGCGAGGGGAAAACAAGACCAAGAGGGACCAGUGAUCCUCAUGGCACUUCAGAAUCAACUGCAUCUGUAUCCAUGAUGAAUAUUGCUUAUUUUGCUCAGAAGCUGGUUGAGAAGCUGAACAGCAGAAUGUUUGCUGCUGACCCCAAGCAAAUCCUGAUCUUCACUUCCAAACAGAUUAUGGGGGUCUUAGAAAGCUCCGUUUCUCAAAAGGAAGUUUUCCUCGGUGCCCUGUACAGCUGUCUAAACAGAGCCAUCCUAUACUGCCUAUCCAGACCACAACAAUCGCUGCCUGAACAGUUUAACAUCCUGAACACUCUCAAUGUCCUACAGGAGCAGUGGGACAUUAUUUUUGCAAAUUACAACUCAAAUAACAAUUUUGUCGUCUGCCUAAUGUACUGCCUUUGCCAACUGAAUUUGGGCAGCUGUUCAGAAGGUUUUGGGGUGGAUGCAAAACCAAAGCUGGCUUCGUAUCAUCAAAUUUUUCUUGUACCCAGUGAAGAGGAAAAGGGCAGUCUGCCUACUCCUGAUGAUGUCCAUCAGGAGAUUCUGAGAACAGUAGAAAUCAUCUGGAAGCAGCUCAUUACUCAGAGGCGGCAGGCUUUGGAGGACACUUACAAGAUGGAUCUUUCUGUAAAAGGAAAUGACAAAGAAAGGGACAUGAAGAUAACAGAGAUCACUCCUUUAUGGGAAGAAAUUAUGACAAAAGCUUGGCAGCACUUGAUAGCAUCUGAAAAGAAGCUUCUCCAGAAUAAAGCGGGGCCAGGCCCAUCACAGAGCAAGCACAAUUCCUGGAGUGAAAGCCUGUCUUCAGCUAUCAGGUUGAUGCCUGGCCGAAACACAAAGGAAAUGACAUGCAAAUCUCAGGGAUUUGUGUCAUGUAUGGAACAGUACCGAAGAAUUGGGCAGGAGCUGUAUGCCUCUUUGUACAAGAACCAUGUACAGAUGUUGCAGUGUGGUUACAGCAAAGCAGCCAAGGACUGGAUGAUACUUGAGGAGCAACUUUUCUACAGAAGAGGCCUGUGGAGAUAUGCAGCACGAUCCUUAGAGCCACGAUGGAUUCUUGAUUGUUAUGAAGGGCCUUCGCGAAUGAGGAGGAGGAUUCAACGUGUGAACACCCGAGUGGCAACUAUGCGAAUGAAGAGUGAGGUAGAAAGCUUUUGCAGGAGGUGCACAAUUUCUAGGGUGGACACAAACAGCCAAAGAGAACUGGAGUUAAAUGGAGCAGAAAGGGAGAUGGAUAAGAAGGGAUUGGAUUGCAACCAGCUAACGUUCUUCCCUGCACUACACGAAAGUUUCCAUUCAGAAGACUUCUUGGAACUGUGUGUGGAGAGACAAAUUAUACUGCAGGAGUUUGCAGAGAGUGAAAAGGUCACAUUCAAGUGCUCUGUGGCAGUUGUGCAGGGGCAUGCGGCAUUGGAAGGAGUGCUGCUUUUCGGCAAGGAGCACUUUUACAUUUGUGAGUGCUUUGUGUUAUCUCCUCUAGAAGAAGUCUACUGUACACGUCACUGCUUGUCCAGCAUCAGUGAUACAUUUAUUUUCAACUUAUGUCAUAAAGAUCAUGCUGUGGGAGACCAGAUGUGUUCCCGUUAUUCGUAUCAUGAUAUAAAAGAGAUUCACCUGAUGCGCUUUCUUCUGCAGGAGAUUGCCUUGGAAAUAUGCUUCAAAAAUGGUUACUCCAGAUUUCUUGUCUUCCAUGACAGCGACAGAAAUAAGAUAUUUAAGAGAUUUUGCUCUUUCCAACCUGCUUUGAAGUCGAAGGGGAUAACAGAAGAGUCUUUGAAUAUAAGGAAACACUCAGGAGGGGAAAAGACAAUGCUCCAGAAGUGGCAGAAAAGGGAGAUCAGCAAUUUUGAUUACCUCAUGUACCUGAACACAUUGGCUGGCCGCAGCUACAAUGAUUACAUGCAGUAUCCUGUUUUUCCAUGGGUCCUCGCUGACUAUCACUCAGAGACUCUAAACCUUACUAAUCCUCAUACAUUUCGGGACCUGUCAAAACCCAUGGGAGCACAGACUGUGGAGAGGAAACGCAAGUUCAUCCAGCGCUACAAUGAGGUAGAAAAGAGUGAGGGAGACCUGUCAGCCCAGUGCCAUUACUGUACUCACUAUUCAUCAGCAAUUAUAGUGGCAUCUUACCUGGUCCGAAUGGAGCCAUUUACCCAGACCUUCUGUUCUCUGCAGGGCGGGAGUUUUGAUGUUGCAGACAGGAUGUUUCACAGUGUAAAGAGCACGUGGGAAUCAGCAUCAAGGGACAACAUGAGUGAUGUCAGGGAACUCAUCCCUGAAUUCUUCUACUUGCCAGAGUUCCUAACUAAUGCAAAUAACUUUGAACUUGGCUGCAUGCAGGAUGGAACAGUGCUGGGAGAUGUGCAGCUUCCUCCUUGGGCAGAUGGGGACCCCCAUAAAUUCAUUCUCCUGCACAGACAGGCACUGGAAAGUGACUAUGUCAGUGCACACCUCCAUUGCUGGAUAGAUCUGAUUUUUGGCCACAAGCAACAAGGCUCAGCUGCGGUGGAAGCAGUUAACACCUAUCACCCUUACUUCUAUGGAGACAAGAUGGACCUCCACAACAUCAAAGAUCCUCUGAUUAAGAGCACCAUCCUGGGUUUUAUCAGCAACUUUGGACAGAUACCAAAGCAGCUCUUCAUGAAACCACAUCCAUCCAGGAAUGCCCAAGUGAAAAGUUCAGGAAGAGAGACUGUGCUGUCCUUUCACUCAAGUGGAAUUCUUCCUCCUUUUAUGAGCAGCCUGCAAAAUCUGAAACUCUCACCAGUUACAAUAAAAGAAUUAAAUAUGUUCUCUGUCUUGUCAGACUAUCCCAAGGGAGCUAUUGGGCAUAUUGUUCAUACUGAGAAAGGCAUUCUGGCUGUCGAAAAAAAUAAAGUUUUGAUGCCUCCUCUUUGGAGCAAAACAUUCUGCUGGGGAUUUGAGGACUUCACCUGCUGCUUUGGCAACUAUGGGUCUGAGAAGAACGUGACUACAUUUGAGUGCAUGGCAGACUGGGGAACGUGCCUCUGCGCUGUGUGUCCUUCAGCAACUACCAUAAUCACAUCUGGAACAAGCUCGGUUGUGUGUGUCUGGGAACUUUCCUUGGUCAAGGACAAAGUGAAAUGUCUAAACUUGAGACAGGCUUUGUAUGGGCACACUCAGGCAGUGACCUGCCUUGCUGCAUCUGUGACCUACAGCAUAUUCGUGAGUGGAUCCGAUGACAGAACCUGCAUCAUUUGGGACCUGAACCAGCUGACGUACAUAAACCAGCUUCCUGCCCACGGGGCAAGCCUCUGUUCUGUUGCCGUCAACAAUUCAACAGGUGAUAUUAUCUCUUGUGCUGGAUCUUACCUGUAUCUGUGGACAGUCAAUGGCCAGCUUCUUGCAAGUGUUAACACCACCUGCAGCCCCGAAUGCCGUAUUGUUUGCUGUUGUUUUGCUGAAGUGAUGGACUGGGACACACGCAGCAUCAUCAUCACAGGAAGCACAGAUGGAGUGGUGAGGCUGUGGAAGACUGAAUACACCAAUGCCACAGACCAAGCUGCUGGACUGAGACUGCAGAGAGGCACAAUGGAAGAGCCAGGCAACACAGGUAACAAGUGUGGAAAACAUCUUGUUCUCUGUCGGGAACUGAAUCCCAGCCUUGCCUUGACUGGAAAACCAAGUAAGACCAGCCCAGCGGUGACAGCGCUGGCUGUAUCGAGAAAUUCCUCCAAGCUCCUAGUUGGUGAUAGCUGGGGAAGAGUCUGCUGCUGGUCUGUGGAUGGGUAGGAAGAAAUAGCCAAGAACUCUUGUUUUUUCAGCCUUUUGGAUGGAGAGAAAAUUACCCUUCAGAGCAUGAAAGAAUCAGAGAAACUGGAAGCCUAUGGUUGCAGACUGAAUCUCAAAGGAGUUGUUGGACUGACCCUGCAGUCAAGUCUGAUUGAAAUUAGAGAAUGGACUCCAAAGUUGUGAGAGACACUGACAGACAUGCACAUAGACAAUGAGAUUUUGCAGUAUUUGUCCUGUGAAAACUUUUGUAUUUUAAAUGUUAUUUUAGAUAUUGAGUUUGGCAUAAAACAUUGUAUUUCACAAAUAAUAGCUAGCAAAUAAA